AUGGAGUCAGACGAAUCUCAACUCCUCUACAAUACCCCCCAACCCACUCCGAGCUUCAAGCGUCCGCGUCGCAGUCUACAGAGCUCCACGCCGCUGAACAGCGUGUCCGAAAGCGCGUCGCCUUCGCCCCGUCUCUCUAGCCAGGCCCAGCUCACCCCAGAGGUGAUCGACCACAUCAAUGGACUGAAACAUCUCGACGAUAAACAGAUCUUCCUGCUCCUGGAGGCUGCCCGCAAUGGAGAUCGCAUGCGCCUUCCCGAUCGAUCGUCCAUGUCGACUCUGGGGAGUCGAUCCUCCUACCUUAGUGUCCCUUCCAGCAGAGUCACAAGCAUCAUGUCCGACCCUCGAUCGUCAAUCGCUUCCACCGAUACAUCAUACAGCAGUUACAGCGCCGCCUCUUCGCGAUUGUCUACAGCAUCCUCCCGUCUAUCCACCAUCUCAAACACAUCGUCGAAAAACUUUGCCUGCACUUUCUGUGACAAGGCCCUAAAGUCCAAGCCAUAUUGGAAGUCGCAUGAAGAGGAGUUUCAUGAGCAGAGGCUGACGUGGCGGUGCCCCGACUGUGAACAGAUAUUCCACGCUGGAAAACGCUUUCGGGAACAUCACACGAAGCUACACGGAUGCGAGAACUGCAAACAACCGAGAGAGAGCGGACAGCCCACAAGCAGGAAGGCUUCGCCAUGUGUUAAAAAGUACGAAAUUGUCAUGCACGACAAGGACGCGUGGGGAUGCGGCUUCUGCAGUUCUUUAUUGACGUCUUGGGAAGAAAGAUGUGAGCAUAUUGCUCUGCAUUUUGAAGAAAAGAGAUCGAAAUGGAACUUCACCAACGUGGUCCUCGGCCUUCUGAAACAGUCGGAUGUUUCGCAAGCUUGGAACAUGCUGUUGUCGCAAAGACAUGGUGAACAACAGAAUUGGCCGCAAUUCACAUGGGAGUCGAAGAAGUGCAAUCGAUUAAGAUACAAGCUCGAGACGAAAUGGGAUACCCGGGUCUUCGACAUCGCGAAAUUGGUUUUAGAGACAUAUGAGCUAGCAGAGAUGGAACGGACCGAAGCCCCCGAGCCUGCUGAAGCAACCGAACCCAUCGAGUGUAAGACGGAGACUUUCGACUUCGGAAGCGAACAAACUUCUCAGCUUACCACGGAUCAUACGUUGAUGGACCUCGAUCCCGUGGAAACUCCACAACCUACUCCGCAACAAAACUUACAGCAACACCAAGUCUUGCAACAACAGAACAUACCACAACAAAGCAUCCCACAGACUCAAUGGCCUGUUACCACGGAUAUGUCACAGAACGGGCUGACUACCGAUGAUGGUAUGGACACGUUCGGAGGGUUCUCGACCAACAUGACAAGCGCUAGCAUGACCAAUGUAACAAACGGUUUCACGCACGCAGUUUCCCAGAGCUUUCACCAACCCAGUUGGCCGCACGCAGGAUUCGUUUCAACACCCGACCUAGUUGCCUUUCAACAACCUGGUGCGUAUAUGAACUACACCCAGAAAGAGGUAGUUCACAAUCCGGCAUACGACCAAUUCAACCAGUUCCCCAGGAACAGCAUGCCGCCAAAUUUCCUUCACCAUAGUAGCAGCACAAGCUCCCGCAGAUUUAUACCGAAGCUGAUCAACAUCUCGAGUCCAAGGCACGGCGCACAGCCGCAAGACCAGCCCCCCCCGCCUCCACCAAAGGAUGAUCACUCUAGUCAUAGAUUUUCGAAGAUUUCGAUGCGACGGCGACCGAGCAAUAUUUCCCAGCACACCGUCGUUUCGCAGAGAGAUCUUGGUUGGAACGACGAAUACAAUUGGGGAUAA